AAAACAUUCAAACCCCGCCACGCCCCCAGUCAUUCGGACGACAAUCAACAUGUCUAUCGAGUUUCCAAAGGAGGAGGAGCGCAUUCUCGCGCGCUGGCAGGAAAUUGAUGCUUUUCAGAGGCAGGUCGAGCUUUCAAAAGGCAAACAACCGUAUACAUUUUAUGAUGGGCCGCCAUUCGCGACGGGUAUGCCCCAUUAUGGGCAUCUUCUCGCUUCCACCAUCAAGGACAUCAUUCCACGAUACUGGUCUAUGAAGGGCCGUUAUGUGGAGCGACGAUUCGGCUGGGAUACACAUGGUGUGCCCAUUGAAUACGAAAUUGACAAGGAGCUGGGCAUGUCUGGCCGAGACGCUGUUCGCGAAAUGGGCAUCGCAAAAUACAACGAGAAAUGCAGGGCAAUCGUCAUGAGAUAUGCGACUGAGUGGAGGCACACCAUCGAUCGAUUGGGUCGUUGGAUCGAUUUCGACCGAGACUACAAGACUAUGGACACAGACUUCAUGGAAUCCGAAUGGUGGGUGUUCAAGAGAUUAUUCGACAAAGGCGCUGUCUAUCGAGGUUUCAAGGUCAUGCCAUACAGCACCGCUUUGGGUACCCCCCUAAGCAACUUCGAAGCAACGCAGAACUACAAGGAUGUGCAAGACCCUGCUGUGGUGGUUUCGUUUCCUCUCGUUGAUGAUUCAUCAACUCAUCUCUUAGCCUGGACGACUACACCAUGGACUUUGCCCUCGAACACUGCUCUCUGCGCGCACCCUGAUUUCGAGUAUGUUAAGAUUCUUGACGUAGCCUCAGGCAAGCACUACAUCUUGCUAGAGGCCCUUCUCAAGACGCUCUACAAGGACCCUAAGAAAGCCAAAUUCAAGAUUGUGCAAAAGCUGAAGGGCAAAGACAUGCUUGGCUGGAAAUAUGAGCCACUCUUCGAUUACAUUUAUGAGGAGUUCAAGGACUGCGCUUUUAAGGUGGUUAACGACACCUAUGUUACAGCAGACAGUGGUGUUGGUAUUGUCCAUCAGGCACCUGCCUAUGGUGAGGACGAUUACAAGAUUGCGGUCAGGCACGGAAUCGUCACUGAAGAACGACCCCCACCAAACCCAGUCGACGAUCAGGGCUGCUUCACCUCCGUUGUUCGGGAUUUUGAAGGUCAACAUGUGAAGAAGGCUGACCGAAACAUUAUCAAACACCUCAAGGAGUCCGGCCGACUUGUGGUUGAUUCGCAAAUCACCCAUAGUUACCCAUUCUGUUGGCGUUCUGAUACCCCCCUUAUCUACCGCACUGUCCCAUCGUGGUUUAUUAAGAUCCAGGACAUCAUCCCAAAGAUGCUGGAGAACAUCGAGAGCUCUCACUGGGUUCCAUCCUUUGUAAAGGAGAAGCGUUUCGCUAACUGGAUCCAAAAUUCCCCUGAUUGGGCUGUUUCCCGUAACCGCUUCUGGGGAACACCGCUCCCUGUUUGGGUUAGCGAUGACAUGAAGGAGAUAGUUUGUGUGGGUAGCAUUCAAGAGCUAAAGGAUCUCAGCGGCUACACGGGCGAGCUUACUGAUCUUCAUCGCGACAAGAUCGACGAUAUCACUAUUCCGAGCAAGCAGGGCAAGGGAGUCUUGCGUAGGGCUCCUGAGGUGUUCGACUGCUGGUUUGAAUCCGGCUCCAUGCCGUAUGCAAGCCAGCAUUACCCAUUCGAGAACGUAGAGCAUUUCGAAAAGUCCUUCCCAGGUGAUUUUAUUGCCGAGGGCCUAGACCAGACUCGUGGUUGGUUCUACACCCUUACAGUGUUGGGAACCCACCUUUUCGGUGUUCUGCCAUUCAAGAACUGUGUGGUGAACGGUAUCGUCUUGGCAGAGGAUGGAAAGAAGAUGUCGAAACGCCUUAAGAAUUACCCUGACCCUCUUCUCAUCAUGAACAGCUAUGGGUCGGAUGCUCUCAGGUUGUACCUCAUCAAUUCGCCGGUUGUCCGUGCUGAGACACUUCGUUUCAAAGAGGCUGGCGUGAAGGAGAUUGUCUCCAAGGUUUUGCUACCUUUAUGGAACAGUUACCAAUUCUUUGAGCAGCAGGUGACACUUCUUAAGAAGGUUGCCGAACUGCACUUUGUUUUCGACCCGGCGGCGGAGAAAACAAACACCAAUGUGCUUGAUCGAUGGAUCUUGGCAUCCUGCCAAUCAUUGCUCAAAUUCGUCAAUGCAGAGAUGGCUGCCUAUCGUUUGUACACCGUGGUUCCUCAAUUACUGAACUUGAUUGAUAACACCACCAACUGGUACAUUCGAUUCAACCGUCGCCGACUGAAGGGUGAAUACGGUCUUGAGGAUACAACCCAUGCUUUGAACACAUUGUUUGAGGUUCUCUACACCCUCUGCCGAGGACUGGCACCAUUCACACCCUUCAUUACCGAAAACAUCUACCUUCGACUUGUUGCCCAUAUUCCAAAGGAGCUCCACGCUGAGGACGACCGCAGCGUCCACUUCUUGCCGUUCCCUGAAGUGCGAGAGGAACUCUUCGACGAGGUUGUCGAGCGACAAGUCAAGCGUAUGCAGGCCGUUAUUGAACUUGGCCGUAUCUGCAGAGACCGCGCGAACAAGGGUCUCAAGACCCCUCUGAAGACUCUUGUGGUUAUUCACCCUGACCAAGAGUACCUCGACGACAUCAAGUCUCUCGAAAAUUACAUUGUUGAGGAGCUCAACAUCCGGGAUUUGGUGCUCUCUAGCGACGAAGAAAAAUACAGCGUCCAAUAUUCAGCUUCGGCAGAUUUCUCAGUUCUGGGCAAGAAGCUGAAGAAGGAUGCUGUCAAGGUCAAGAAGGCAUUGCCAAGCCUAAGCAGUCAAGAUAUCAAGGACUACCUCAAGAAUGGGGAAAUGUUGGUUGAUGGCAUCCGUAUCGAAAAGGAUGAUCUCACUGUCAGAAGAGGCCUUGCAAAGGAAGACAAGAACAAAGAUCAAGAGUUCAACACUGACAAUGACGUCCUGAUCAUCCUUGACGUAGCUAGCUACCCCGAGUUGGAGCAAGAGGGUUUGGCACGAGAGAUCGUUCGCCGUGUUCAAGACCUUCGAAAGAAGGCUGGCUUGGUGCCUACAGACGAUGUGGGUAUGGAGUAUCGUGUGCUGAGCGAUCCUGAGAAGGUUGGUCUUGAAGCAUGCUUCGCAGGUCAGGGCGCUCUGUUCGAGAAGGCCUUGCGACGCAAUGUUGAUAAGCAUGUCGUCACAGAGGUUGAGGGCAAGAUCCCUGAGAAUGACGAUGAGACAGUCAUUGCCAAGGAGGAGUUCGAAUUACAAAAAGCAACAUUCUUGCUACGCCUUGUCAAGUUAUGAGCAUAGGCCAAAAAAGGAAAAAAGAACGCUUGUGGCGCAUAGGUAUAUGGAUGGUUGCGAUUGUGAUAUCAGAAUCUUUCAUAGAUAGAGUUUCAAACAUCAGGCAUUAAACAAAAUCUUUCUCAUCAAAUGCAAACGCCGAUUCCAUUAUGCAGUGUCGUUUGGAUACAUGACCGCUUUUUCCUACCCUAGCGUUCAUGUCCUUCUUUUACUCGCAGCUAGGAAACAAUCCUUCAAUCUC